UCUGGCUUUUUCUGAACCGACUCAGUUCGGCUCCGUUCAGUCUUCGUUCCUAUGCGUCGCGAGAGCGUGCGUGUGUGAGUACCGAGGAAAGAAAUGGCACUGGCUGUAUGCGGGGUGUGUAAGUGUUGCGGGUGCUGUGUGUGGAGAGGAGCGACAUGACCGGCGGCAGCGGCAGCAGCAGGAGCCGUGGGUCGGGAGCGGGAGCUGCGGCUGGGGCUGAGUCUCGGCCGCUCUUCCUCUCUGCUUUGCACGCGUACUGCGCGCUGAUCUCGGCGUGCGCGCUCUGCUACUCCAACUCGCUAUGGGGAGAGUUGGUGCACGACGACGUGUGGGCCAUCGUGAACAACCCGGACGUGCGGCCCGGCUCCAGCCUGCGCAGCAUCUUCUCCAACGACUUCUGGGGCAAACGAAUGGCCGACAACACGAGCCACAAGUCAUACCGACCCCUCUGCGUGCUCACCUUCAAGAUGAACAUUGUACUUGGGGGGAUGAAUUCGUUUUAUUUCCACGUAGUGAACGUGUGUCUGCACUGUGUCGUCACCGCCCUUCUAAUGCACACGUGCAAACACCACGUGUUCAAGGACGGACGUUCGGCCUUCCUCACUGCGCUCCUCUUCGCCGUCCACCCGAUCCACACGGAAGCAGUGUCAGGAAUUGUCGGGAGAGCAGAUGUCCUGGCCUGUAUGUUGUUCCUUUUAGCCUUUCUCUCCUAUAUUAGGAGCGUGUCAGCAUGCAGCGUGUCGGACUCCUUCCCCUCUACGGUGUCUCCUUGCUCUCUGGUGCUCUGUCUGUUCCUUGGAACCUGCGCCAUGCUGGUCAAAGAGACGGGCAUCACCGUGUUUGGAGUGUGCCUGCUGUACGACGGCCUGGUGCUUUGCCGCAAGCCUCGGUCCUCGAAUCUGUCUCGGUCCAGGCUGAAGGAGCUUAUUCGAAUCUCACGGCCCUUCAUCAAACGAGCGUGUGUGGUCUCAUUGUAUGUGCUGUUCAUUCUUUGUGCUCGCCUGUGGCUCAUGGGAGGUUCCAUGCCUUUAUUCUCUGAGCAGGACAAUCCAGCAUCGUUCUCACCUUACCUCCUCACAAGGUUUCUUACUUACUGCUAUCUCCUGGCUUUUAAUGCCUGGCUGCUACUGGCUCCUAUAAUGCUGUGCUAUGAUUGGCAGGUUGGCAGCAUCCCUUUAGUGGAGUCUCUGUGGGACUUGCGCAACAUGGCUGCCGUUUUGCUGGCCCUGGGAAUGCUCAUGCUCUGCCUGCAUUGUGUUACAUCACUACAGAUCCAGGGGGAGGGUGGUAGCACCACAGUUAAGACCAUGAAGAUGAAGGGCAGGGAGGUGCUGGUGGGGAUACUGUUCCUAGUCUUCCCCUUUAUCCCUGCUACUAAUCUGUUCUUCCGCGUUGGAUUUGUGGUGGCUGAGAGAGUCCUCUACAUGCCCAGUAUGGGUUACUGCAUUCUGGUGGUGCAUGGGCUGAACCGGCUGUGUGCUGUGCUGAGUCGUUGGGGUGCAGCAGCGCUCACCAUCUCCAUGCUGCUGCUGCUCCUGCUGUUCUCCUGGAAAACUGUGCAGCAGAAUGAGAUCUGGCUCUCCCGAGAAGCUCUCUUCAGAUCUGGUAUUCAAACAUUACCUCAUAAUGCAAAAGUUCACUACAACUAUGCCAACUUCCUGAAGGACAAAGGACAAAACCAAGCAGCUAUUCACCAUUACAAAACAGCCCUCAGGCUUUAUCCUCGUCAUGCCAGUGCCAUGAACAACCUGGGCACACUGACUCACGACACGAAGGAGGCCGAGCUCUACUACAGAAAAGCGCUUGACAUAAACCCCCAACACAACCGUGCACUCUUCAACCUGGGCAACCUUCUCAAGUCCCAGGGGAAGGAGGAUAAAGCUGAGCACAUGCUAAAGGAAUCUAUUCGCUUCGGGCCACAGUUUGCUGACGCCUACUCCAGCUUAGCUUCUCUCUACGCUGACCAGAAGCGGUUUGCAGAAGCGAAUGAGAUUUACACAGAGGGCAUCGAGAAUUGUCCAGACAGUUCUGACCUGCACAACAAUUAUGGAGUGUUCCUGGUGGACACGGGUGAUAGCGAGCGAGCAGCCGUUCAUUACCAGCAUGCCGUGCGGCUGAAGCCCUCUCACUACGUUGCCAUGGUGAAUCUGGCCCGUCUGCUGCGUUCCUCUAAUGGCAACAAAGAGGCAGAGAUCUGGUAUAAACGGGCGCUGCAGGUGGUGCGUAAGGUGGAUAUCUUGACUCCUCUGGGAGCGCUGUACUAUAACACUGGUCGCUAUGAGGAGGCUCUGCAGCUGUACCAAGAAGCCGCGGCACUGCAGCCAGACAACAAGGACGUCUGGCUUGCUUUGGCGCAGGUGUUGGCGAUGGCAGGCCGCACAAAAGAAGCCGAGGAAAUGACUCUGGGUAUCAUUUCGAAAAGCAACAGCUGUAUAGAGUGUUACCGCCUGCUGUCUGCAAUCUACAGCAAGCAGGGAAACUACACUGAGGCUUUGGACGCUUUAGAUAGAGCGCUGCAGCAGGAGCCGAUGGACCCCUCAGUGAAAGCGGAGCUUCACUUCUCCAUGGGCAACCAACUCCGUGAGAUGAAUGAGCUGGACAGAGCUUUUGAGAGCUACAAACUCGCUGUUGCACUGAAGCCUGACCAAUCACAAGCUUGGAUGAACAUGGGUGGGAUACAGCAUAUAAAGGGAGACUAUGUAGCAGCAAGAACGUACUACCAAAGAGCUCUCCAGCUCUCUCCUGGCUCCAAGCUGCUUAAGGAGAACCUGGCCAAGCUGGACCGACUGGAGAAGAAACUUCAGGGAGGAUAAAGGAGCUUUUCAAACACAAUCAGGAGAUUACCUUACUGAGGGCUUGCUGAGUCGAUACGGAGAAACACACAUGCAUAUACACACACAAAGAUUCUGAGCUGACUGUUUUAAAAGCGCCUUCUGUAAUCAAUUGUGCUGGAAAAGAAAUCUGUAAAAGGAGAUUCAGGUUUAACGAUAAGGAUCCACACCACAGCAGUGCGGCACGACGUGGCGGAUAAUAAUGGAGCCUCAUUGACUUGGCGUAUCUUUAGCUUUACUUGAUCUCUGAUCAGAACUGAAAAAAAUCGUAAAAAGGUCCCUUGAAACAACGUGCAUCUCGGUAACGUGCUGCAUCUGGCAUACCUGAGGAGCUUUCAUCCAAACAUCCAUUUCAGUGACUUCAGAUCAGCAGGACAAGGGACUCCUCAAAACUGUCCACAUAACGCCAUCCUUCAUGUGAUGCAGAAGCAUUUUUUUUUUUUUUGUCUUUUGCUUUGUGUAUAAUUUUUAUCCGUGAUUGUACGAGUGACUUUGAAUUGUGCAGAAACAUCCUAAAAUUAAUUCUGUGCUGAGAAGGUCACCUUCGUUUAUAUUACUUUUUUUUUUUUUUUUUUUUUUGCUUUUAAUUUAAUUGUAAAAGUUUUUCUCGGUGUGGAAAAUCCAGAAUGACGAACAUCAUAGUUAUGAUGUGCAACAAUGUGCAAAUCAGGCUGUUUUCCCGACUGUUUAAAUGAAAUCAGGAUGUUUUAUCCAUCUAAAGUCAUAUUUAUAAUUUCAGGAAAAGUUCAUCUGUCAUAAAAAACCUUCAGCAGUGUGUUAAAAAAAAUACCAUGUACAAUCACAUUCCUUUUGCUUAAUAAAGAAUUUCCUUAAUGGACGA